AUGUACGCCUCUCACUACCCAACCCCGCCUCCUCCAGGCUACGGCUUCGAAUACCGCCACGACACCCCGCCAGUCUCGCCCAACCACACAGCGCGCGACUACUACUCCCCCCGCCAUGGCCCUACCGCCACGCCGACGUCUCGAAGCAGCCCCAAGGUCGCAACAGGCCACUCGCGCCGCGCAUCCUACGCCGUGCCUCCCCAGUACUCCGCCUACCCGAGCCAGCGCGGAGGGGCCAUGCCUCCGUACGGUGCAGAGUUCACGACUCCACGCGCAUACGCAACGCCGAGAGGCACGCCCGACUAUGUAAGUUAUUUCGGUUAUCAUCAUCAACAACAACAACCAGGCCGGCAUCGCCGCGACUCAGACGCCCAGCCUCUCAAGCGCACCCAUCGCGAGAGGAAGCGUCGUCCGUCGCAGUCGGCUCGUCAGUUCCAGACCAGAGUUGUCUACGACGACCGCGGCUACGGCUACGAGUGCGAGUACGACGUCUACGACUACCCGCCACCGCCGUACGAACAGUAUGCGCGCCACGACAUGUACGGGGAUGCUGAUCGUUGCUACUAUGAUCAGGUUCCCAUCUAUGAGUCACAGCCCAAGCCCACGCGAACACGCCGUGCGUCCGAGUAUGCCCGCCCACAGGCCGCCGCCUCGUCGCCCAAGAAGACGAAGAAGCCUGCGCCGACCAAGGAGAAGGAGAAGACGAAGCGCAAGGCCACUCCCGAGGAUGCCCAACGUGCCGGUAUCCCCGCAGGCUACUCUUACAAGAACUGGGACCCCGAAGAGGAACCGAUUAUGCUGCUCGGAUCCGUGUUUGAUGCCGACUCGCUUGGCAAGUGGAUCUUUGACUGGACCGUGUACCACUACGGCCCUGGCACGCCCAUUGCCGAGAUGGCGGGUGAACUCUGGCUGCUCCUCAUCCACCUGGCGGCCAAGGUCAAGCGGUCGAUUGAGACGAGGCACCGGAUCCGCAAGGACGCCAACAAGGAAAUGGUCGACGACUUCCUCGAGAGCGGCGAGCGUCUGUGGAUCCGGUUUGCGAUGCUCCUCAAAGUAUGUGAGGACUACAUGUGGAAGGCGGCCAAGCAAGAGUCUGGGGUAGAGAAGCCGAUUUCGAUGGGCAAGAACACUGGAGUGGAAUUUGUCGAGUCCAUCUUUGGGCGCGACCGAGAGCUGGAGAAGACGGAGAAGCUGAUGACUGGAAUGCGUCUCUGGUCCCACCGAUUUGACGUGAAUUGCGUGCCGAUUCUCGACUACCCCUCGAUGUAG